AGCUCCGUCAGAUUUCAACUUCCGGGUUUGGGGUCGUUGCAAAACAGAGCAUCUAUCAGUUCAGUGGAGGAAGAGAACAGUCACUGAGAAUCAAUGGAGAACUCAUCCUAAAGAAAAUGAUGCUGUCAGAGGUCAUGCAGGUGCUGCGGGGGGCAGGUAAAGUGGGCUCUGCCCUAGUGUCCACACAGGGAGAGCAGCUCCGACUUAUGGCCUGCAACUGCUCCCUGGGAGCAGGAGUCAAAGUUGCUCAGGACAUGAUGGAAGGACUCGCUGGCACCUUUAUGGGAGGCAGUAACACGCAACAGGCAGUAAAGGAGGAUGUGUUUCCGGAUGCGGAGGGCUGGGAGAAUAUGGACCCCGAUGAAGCAGCCAAAUGGGCCGUUGGUUCUGAGUUCUCCUCUGAUGCAGUGCAGCAAAGCCAGACAGAAGCUGGAGCAGCAGCAGAUAUAGCAACAGAAGUACAUCCUCCUCCAGGGGCAGGAGGGGCAGGCUGGCCUGGGCAGAGUGCUCGCUUCCUCCACACCACUCCUGGCCUCCAGCGGUACUACUGUCAGACCAGGUCUGUGCACGACACUGUGGUGGCCAGACUCACACCAGAGGACAUCAAGAAAGCCAGGGAGGCCAAGCAGGCCCAGGUCAAACCUGUCAGACAGAAGCUGAGUGAGCGUGCCAGAGAGAGGAAAGUGCCUGCCACUAGAAUCAGCAGACUGUUUAACUUUGGAGGGCUGGCUGUUGGCCUCGGGAUCGGUGCCAUUGCAGAAGUGGCGAAACAGUCACUGGCAGGCAAACAAAAAGGAGACAUGAGUGCUCUGCUCGACUCUCCUCUCCUGUCAGAGGCCAAUGCUGAGAGAAUAGUCAACACGCUGUGUAAGGUUCGCGGCGCUGCACUUAAAAUAGGACAGAUGCUCAGCAUUCAAGACAACUCCUUCAUCAACCCCCAGCUGCAGAAGAUCUUUGAGAGGGUCCGGCAGAGCGCAGACUUCAUGCCCACCUGGCAGAUGACUAAAGUUUUAGAGGAGGAGCUGGGGCCAGGCUGGCGAGAGAAACUAUCCUCCUUUGAAGACAAACCAUUUGCCGCAGCUUCCAUUGGCCAGGUGCAUCAUGGGGUGUUAAAAGACGGCAGAGAAAUAGCCAUGAAGAUCCAGUAUCCUGGAGUGGCAGAGAGCAUCCACAGUGACAUAAACAACCUGAUGUCUGUACUAAAACUGAGUGUGGUUCUGCCUGAAGGUCUGUUUGCAGACAGCAGCUUGGAGGUUCUUCAGAGGGAGCUGGCAUGGGAGUGUGACUACAAGAGGGAAGCACAGUGUGCCAACAAGUUCAGGUCCCUGCUGGAAGGAUCUGAGUUCUUCCAAGUCCCUGAGGUGAUCGAUGAGCUGUCAGCACAGAGGAUUCUGGCCAUGGAGCUGGUACAGGGAGUCCCACUGGACCGCUGCGUAGACCUGGACCAGGAGACCAGGAACCGGAUCUCUUUCAACAUCCUCCAGUUGUGUCUCAGGGAGCUGUUUGAGUUCAGGUUCAUGCAGACGGAUCCGAACUGGUCCAACUUCUUCUACAACUCAGAGACAGACAAGGUUGUUCUGUUGGACUUUGGAGCCUGUAGGAGUUACCCAGCGUCAUUCACAGAUGACUACGUAGAGGUGGUGCACGCAGCUUCCGUGGGCGAUCGAGCAACUGUUCUUUCCAAAUCGAAAGACCUGAAGUUCCUGACAGGCUUUGAGACCAAGGCCUUCGAGGAUGCCCACGUAGAGGCUGUGAUGAUCCUCGGCGAAGCCUUUGCGUCUGCAGAGCCCUUUGACUUCGGCAAACAGAGCACCACCCAGCGCAUCCAGAGCCUCGUCCCCGUCAUGCUGCGCCACCGCCUCACCCCUCCACCGGAGGAGACCUACUCCCUCCACCGCAAGAUGGCCGGCUCCUUCCUCAUCUGCUCCAAGCUGAACGCAAGCAUAUCGUGCAAGGACAUGUUCCUUGACGUGUACAACAACUACAACCAGAGGAGGCAGGCAGAGCAGGCAGCGCGGGCCAACGCAUAGACGCUCGGGGACAAGAUUGGUGCCUAAAUAUGCAGAGGACUAUUUCAGAGUGGGCUUCUGGGUCGAGGGACAGAAGGAUGGAGUCUUGAAUUCACAGGUGGAGACACUGGAUCAGACGUACUUAAGACCCUACACCAUCAAGAUGUAACUGACUGACAGAAUCCUCUCAUGAGGACUUUGAGUGUGUUUGACUUUAUAUACCUGUCACACUAUGACAAGGGAUUAAAAUACUGUAAAGAUAAUGGUGAUAAAUAUGUCAUAACAAAUAUCUGCUGAAGCCAAAAUGUCUUUAUCAUCAUUAAAUCUCUAUGUUAAUUGAA